GCAUAAAUAGCAAGACUCCUACUGUCUUCUCUUGCAGACCAACUCAGCUGCCAGCAAAAGCAGGUGCUCUCCCCCUACCAGUGCUCCAGAGGAAAUAUUUAGGAAUGGAAAACCUGAUGUUUGUCUACUGCUCCUGUAAAGUUAUCUGGACAUUACUUGUAACAAUACUAGGUUAUGCCAGCAGCUUGCCUGUGGGUGAUGAUUCUAUUUGCACAGCAGAGGAACUUGCAAAGUACAGCAUAAUCUUCACAGGGAAAUGGAGUCAGACUGCUUUCCCUAAGCAGUAUCCACUUUAUAGGCCCCCAGCACAGUGGUCAUCAAUGCUAGGUGUUACUCAUAGUUCUGACUACAGCAUGUGGAAAAAAAAUGAAUAUGCCAGCAAUGGUGUACGUGAUUUUGCUGAAAAGGGUGAAGCAUGGGUAUUAAUGAAAGAAAUAGAAGAAGCUGGAGAGAAAAUUCAGAGUGUACAUGGAAUCUUCUCUGCUCCUGCCAUUUCCAGUGGUACAGGACAAACCUUCACUGAAUUAGAAGCACAUUCAAGACAUCCCUUAGUUUCAUUUGUUGUACGAAUUGUUCCAAGCCCUGACUGGUUUGUGGGUAUUGACAGCCUAAAUCUCUGUGAAGGAGAUCACUGGAUGGAAGAAGUAUCAGUAGAUCUAUUUCCUUAUGAUGCUGGAACUGAUAGUGGUUUCACGUUUUCCUCCCCAAACUUUGCCACUAUUCCACAGGACACAGUUACAGAGAUCACUUGUUCCUCUCCAAGUCACCCAGCAAACUCAUUUUAUUAUCCCAAACUCAAAAUUUUGCCACCUAUUGCUCAAGUAACAAUGGUGAAAUUAAAGAAAAACCAGCUGGGUCUUUCUGCACCUUAUUUUAAUCUUCCAGCUAAAAGCAAUGAAAUAAUAGACUCUGUCUCAGAAACACCACUGGACUGUGAGGUUUCACAAUGGUCUUCCUGGGGUCUCUGUAGAGGUCUUUGCAGAAAAACAGGGACCAAGAUCAGAACCCGUUUUGUACUUCUUCAGCCUGCCAAUAAUGGAAUGCCUUGUCCAAAUCUGGAUGAAGAAACAGGAUGUGAACCAGAGAAUUGUGUCUGAAAUAAAGAAAAGAUAAUAAUUUAGAUAAUUUAAAAAUAGGAUAAGUUUAACUAAAUCUAAACUACAUGUCAGUCAAUGUUCUUUAUAAUUUGGGUAUGCUGCACUAUUUUGCUGAAAAGGUAUAUUAGACUGGUUUUGAAAGUUGCUGUUUAAUAUCAAGAUUUUGGGGGGUUAAAUUCCUAAGGUUUAGUAUGACAACAGUACUUGAUCAUUUACAGACCAAAACCCACCAAAUAAAGCCUUGCUAUAAAUAUACUGUAAGUUCUUGGACUACCCUCUAGUGGCAGAAAAGAAGACAUUUGGAAAGAUUAUACUUCACCAAUGUAAAAAUCUUUCAGUGACAGAAUCUAAACUAAUAACGUUCUUAAAUACUGUAAUUUGUUUAUCUACAGCUAUUUAUACCUAGAAAUUAAUUUUUUCUCUAAAUUAUGUUUUUAUAAUUUAUUGGCAUUUUUGUCGUCUUUCUAAACAUGUUUAACAUACAUUUCUUCAGAAACUACUUACAUAAAUCGGAGUGACCAGAUGUUUGCAGUGUGGUUAAGACAAUAGUAUAACUGAGUAAACUUGUCUUGAGACUUAUGAAUACAUAAAAAUGUAUUUUUCUUUUCUCAAAAGUGAGGAGAAUAUCUGUCAUGAGGACACUCAGCCAACAAAAUUAUUAGAAAUAAUCAGAAGUGUGGAUAAUAGUAGAAAACCUCUGAACUUAAUUAAAAGUGUUAGCUGAGAUUUAAAAACUGACUGAUUGCUGGUAUGUGUCCCUCAUGAGAGAACUAUCUCGAAGUUAACAAUGUUGACCAUAACAUAAAUUAUAUCAUUGUCUUUAUAUAUGC